AUGUCUUCCUCACUUAACAUCGACCAAUACACCGACAAGGCUCAGCAGACUUUGCAAGCCGCCAUUCAGCUUGCGCGCGACUAUGCCAACUCGCAGGUCGUCCCGGCACACAUCGCCUUCGCACUCCUGAACGAGGGUGCGUCUGCUGAUGGCCAACCUGCGAACGCCGCGCAGGCACCAUUAUUCGCCUCUGUUAUCAACAAAGCCGGCGGUGAACCAAACAUCGUCAAGCGCGCUCUGCAGAAGAUCAUCGUCCGCCAACCCACGCAGGAUCCUCCACCAGAAGACGUUUCAUUAUCGCGCGAUGCCUUCUCUGUCCUGCGCGAGGCCCAGUCUCUGCAAAAGACGAUGCACGACUCUUAUGUGGCACAAGACCAUAUUCUUCUCGCCUUGAUCAAAUCAUCAUCCAUUGCUCCCGUCCUGAAGGAGGCCGGUCUCACAGAAGCAACUCUUAAGACGGCCAUCGAGGGCGUUAGGGGCAACCGCCGCGUCGACAGCCGAAACGCCGAACAAGGCUUCGACGCGCUCAACAAGUACGCCGUUGAUUUGACCGCAUUGGCUGAAGAGGGCAAGAUCGAUCCUGUCAUCGGACGCGAUAACGAGAUCCGUCGAGCUAUUCGCAUCCUCUGCCGCAGGACCAAGAACAAUCCCGUACUCAUCGGCGAGCCUGGUGUCGGUAAGACCGCCGUCGUCGAGGGUCUAGCGCAGCGGAUCGUGAACCGUGACGUUCCCGCCUCGCUCAUCGCACGCCUCUACUCGCUCGACAUGGGAGCACUCAUGGCCGGUGCGAAGUACAAAGGAGAGUACGAGGAGCGUAUUAAGUCUGUCCUUAACGAGGUUGAGAAGGCGACUGAGAACGACGGCCCCGGCAUCAUCCUCUUCAUCGACGAGCUCCACCUCAUCAUGGCCGGACGUGGAUCGGAGGGCGGCGGCAUGGACGCCGCCAACCUCUUCAAGCCCCUCCUCGCACGUGGAAAGCUCCGCUGCAUCGGCGCGACCACACUGGCGGAGUACCGCAAGUACAUCGAGACUGAUUCCGCUCUCGAGCGCCGUUUCGCCCAGGUCAUCGUCAACGAGCCCUCCGUUCCCGAGACGAUCAGCAUCCUUCGUGGAAUCCGUGAGAAGUACGAAGUUCAUCACGGUGUGCGCAUUCUUGAUGGCGCUCUCAUCUCGGCCGCGCAACUCGCACAUCGCUACCUCACCUCGCGUCGUCUUCCCGACUCAGCCAUUGACUUGGUUGACGAGGCGUGCGCAAGUGUCCGCGUUACUCGUGAAACUGCACCUGAAGCAAUCGAUCAGCUCCAGCGUCGCAAACUGGAGUUGGAAGUCGAGAUUCAUGCCCUCGAGCGUGAGAAGGACGACGCUUCCAAGGAACGCCUGGUCACCGCCCGUAAGGCCAUCUCUGAACUCGAUGAGCAGCUCGGUCCCAUGGUGGCUGCUUUCGAGGCUGAGAAGUCUCGGGGCGAUGAGAUCACAAACGUUCGCCGCCGCCUCGACGAAUUGAAGGCUAAGGCCGACGACGCCGAGCGACGGUACGACAUCGCAACUGUCACCGACUUGCGCUACUACGCCAUUCCUGAGCUGCAGACACGUCUUGAUCAGCUUACCGCCAAGAAGGCUGAAGAGGACGCUGCCAACGGAGGCGGCGGGGAUAUCGUGACUCCCGACCAAAUCGCCGAGAUUGUCUCACGCUGGACUUCCAUCCCUGUCACCCGACUUCUUUCAACCGAGAGGGAGAAGCUGUUGCGCAUGGAGAAGAUUCUGGCGGAGAACGUCGUCGGUCAACCCGAGGCCGUGAAGGAAGUUGCGAACGCUGUUCGCCUCUCCCGUAGCGGUCUCCGCAACGCCAACCGCCCCAUCGCCAGCUUCUUGUUCGCGGGUCCUUCUGGCACAGGGAAGACGCUCAUGGCCAAAACGCUCGCGCAACUUCUCUUCGACUCGCCUGAGGCCAUGAUCCGCGUCGACGCCUCCGAGUACUCCGAGCGCCACAGCAUCAGCAGGCUCAUCGGCGCUCCUCCCGGCUAUGUUGGGUACGAUUCCGGAGGUCAGCUUACCGAGUACAUCCGUCGCAAGCCUUACUCGAUUGUUCUCGUUGACGAGGUUGAGAAGGCUUGCCGCGAGUUUGUGACCUUGUUCCUGCAAGUCCUCGACGAUGGCCGCCUUACGGAUGGCCAAGGCCGUGUGGUCGACUUCCGCAAUACCGUGAUCAUCAUGACGAGUAACCUCGGUGCCGCAUUCCUCAACGACAUGCCAGAUGGUCCCGUCAACAAAGCGACCCGUGAGUUGGUUAUGGGUGCCAUCACCGGACACUUCCCGCCCGAGUUCGUCAACCGAGUCGACUCCAUCGUCGUGUACCGCCCCCUCUCGCGCCGCAACAUCAUGAAGAUCAUCGAUCUCCGUCUCAAAGAGGUUCAGGAGCGGCUCGAAGACCGGAAGAUUACACUCGAGCUCAACGACGAGGCAAAGAAUUACCUCGUCUCUAUGGGCUACUCUCCGCAAUACGGCGCUCGCCCGCUCAACCGCGCCAUUCAGUCAGAGUUGCUCAAUCCCUUGUCGGUCAUGCUCCUCGCAGACCGCGUGCGCGACGGUGAGACGGUUCGCAUCGGCUUCGAUGGUCCUCGCAACCGCCUUGUCAUCUAUCCAAACCACGAAGGCCAGCAGGUUGAGGAUAUGGACAUCGAUGGUUAUGAUGACCUUGACGACGACUUGCAGAUCGAGGAGAUGGACUAG